UAGAUAGGAAAGAACACAAUUCGAAAGGCAAUAGUCAAAAAUGUAUCAUUCUGUCGUUCGUUUUACUUGUUUUAGUUGGAGGAUGUUUCUCUUUGGCGUUAAUAGGAUUGUUGAAGCUAGAUCCUUUCAACCAAAGGAGUGAUACGUCAAAUCUUUGUAGAUUACUCCCUUCUAGUGAUUCCUGUACUUUUAUGCCGAAAAAGGAUGUUCUGCUAAAUUCAAAGAGAAGCAUGGGAGAAUAUGUCUUUGAAUUCUUUUACUAUACACAAGCAGUGUGCGUCUGUCUCCAGUUCAUUACAGUAAUGUUUCUGCUUCCACACAUUGUUUGCUGUUUGAAUACAUUUUGUUCUUGGUGUACAACGUGUACAGGCACCACCAUUUGCCUUAGUUUCUGCUUUAGUGACUGUUUCCGAUGGGUAUUGAUACUGAUCGAUGGAUUCGUAGUAGGAAUUUUGUGCAUUAUUAGUUGUUCAGUUCUUGGAUUGUACUUAUCACCACGUGACAUUAUGCAGAUCGAUGGAUAUUUUUAUUGCGUUUCCAGUGGAUUAUUAGGAAUAUUGAAGUUAGUUGGGUACAUUAUAUAUCUGAAGAAAGUAGGAUUUACCUCAGAUGGUUACAUCUAUGGAUGCGACUCACAAAAUUCAGAUAUCGAUGCUGACAAAAAAUUGGAAACAACAAAAUAUUAAAUUUCAUCAGGAUUUACUGUCGAGAAGUCACUUGUGACUUUAUAUACAUAAACAAAUAACUAUCUAUUUGAUAUAAUGUAUAGCGAACGCAAUUGGAAAGUCUUUACUGUAUAAAUAAAACAUUUAUUAUAAG